AUGAAAUUAUCAUUUUGUCAAUGUCGAAGAUGGCAUAAUUUACCACAGAAUAAAAACAAGAUUUAUCAACGAUUAUACAAUGCCACAUAUCAAUCAUUAUUACCUCCACUCUGUUCUCAAGUUUUAUUCAAUGAUAAUAAUAUACAAUCUAAAUAUAUAUCUCCAAAAGGUUUAUCUGAUCGUGUUAUACCGAUUGGAACAUUUCCAAGCACAAUUUUAGCUCUUCAAUAUUUAUACGGAGCUGUUUGUCCAAUACGAAACAUACCAACACGAGAAAAUGCUAUUCAAUCAUUUAAUUUAAUACCAUUAGAUCCACAUACAAAUGAAGCACAUCAAGCAAAAAUAAAUACAAUAUGUAAUGUUACACAAAGGUUCUGUACUGGAACAUUACAACAAUAUUCAAGUUUCAAUGAUUGUCAACAAUUUUUAAGAACACAAAUACCUUAUGGUUCAUAUGAUAGAGCAGAUCAAGGAAAUGUUAUUUCAUAUUUUGUACCUUUAUUAUCAUCUAUACAUUGUCCACAUGUGGGUCCAACUGAAGGAGGAGCAUGUACUGAUAAAACAAUCGACUUUUAUUAUAAUCAAACAAAUUUUCUGGCUUGUGCUCAUAAACAAUAA